AUGGAGAGGGAGAUCGCAGCUUCUCGAAUGCCGCUGCCGCCUCCACCAUGGGGUCCGAAUGCCUGGUCGGCGGCUAGGAAGACCUCCGCCUCUAACGCGCCGCGACCCAGCGUCCACCUCCUGCUCAUGGCAAUCGUCGGGAGCACUCUAGAAGAGGGGGCCGUCGCUGGCCGGGCUCAGGUUAAGCGCAAACGCAGCUAG